AUGGCACAGCGACCUUCCUCUAGCAGAAGAACAUUCUCGUCUACCAACGUGCCGCGCGACGUAGCAUACCGCCCACACGAGGGCAAGUUGGGCAUAGUUACCGGAGGAUCAAGAGGCAUCGGUGCAGCAACAGCCCGCAAUCUGGCUGCCAAAGGGUGUAAUUUGCUCCUGGUCUACACCUCCGACUCUUCUACGGAACCAACCAUAGAUCUCUGCGGAAAACUUUCCAGCCAGCACGAUAUCCUCGCCGUCCCAGUCCAGGCCGAUCUCGCAGAUCCAACACGGAGCGUGCCUCAUAUCCUCUCCACCGCCCAAAACCAUUUCUCUCACCCCCGCACUGGGUCGUUCCAGGUGGACAUCAUCAUCAAUAAUGCAGGUAUCGCUGGCAACAAAUUGCUGAACGACCCUGAUCUAGGCCCAAUUGAAGAGACGCAAUUUCACCGACAAUACAAUGUGAAUGUCUUAGCUCCUUUGCUGCUGGUCCAGGCAUUUCAACCCCAUCUACCGAAGGAUAGGUCCGGUAGGAUUGUCAAUGUGUCGAGUGUGUCGGCUGCAUUUGGCUGUGAAUCGCAGUCUAUAUAUGCGGGAACCAAGGCCGCACUCGAGGGCAUGACUCGAGUUUGGGCACGAGAACUGGCGGAAAAUGCCACCGUCAAUGCAGUCAACCCAGGUCCAGUAUGGGGUGACAUGUAUUCUGAGGCCGGCGAGAAGUUUUGGAAGACCAACCAGAAAUAUGUGGAUGCUGCUCCUUUAAUGAACUAUACCGGUGACGAUGCCACACGAGCGCGAGCGGGCGGGGAUCCUCAGGAGUAUGACGAUAUUGUGACCAAGGGCAUGGGUGGGAAGAGACCUGGAUUUACGGAUGAAAUUGCAGGUGUCAUAGGAAUGCUCUGCUCAGAAGAGAGUGGGUGGACUACAGGAAGUAUUAUUUGUGCUAACGGUGGCAUGAAGAUGUCGAUAGCAUGA